AUGCUGUUUAUUUCACAAAACAACUUCAGUGGAAGUGUAUCCCCUCAGAUCUUUGGGUCAUACAAAUCGCCAACAAUUCUAGAUUUAUCACACAACUCAUUGAGUGGUUCCCUACCCCUUGAAGUAGGAAAAUUGGCAAACAUUCAACAGCUAGUUGUCUCCAGCAACAAAUUUUCCGGAGAAGUUCCUUCAACACUUGGAGAUUGUUCAAGCAUGCAGUACCUUGAUAUGCAGAGCAACCUUUUCAAUGGAACACUUCCACCAGCUUUGGCUUCUUUGAAGGGCAUCCAGUUUUUGGACCUUUCACAUAACAACUUCAGUGGGCAAAUACCAAGAGACAUAAACAGUAUUGAUACCAAAGGUAAUGAAUUCAAGGCACUAGUCUACGAAUAUAUGCAAAAUGGAAGUCUCGACAUGUGGUUACAUUCAGAAUUAGCAGAAGCAACUAGAUCAAGAAAUCUAGACCUUCUUCAGACGAUAAAUAUUGCAGUUAAUGUGGCUUCAGCUUUGGAUUAUCUUCACAACCACUAUGAAGUUGCUAUUGUUCAUUGUGAUCUGAAACCAAGUAACAUUCUUCUUGACAAUGACCUUAUAGCUCAUGUGGGUGACUUUGGAUUAGCAAAGCUUCUUCCUAGAACUGCUGACAUUGAUUCUGAGUAA